AUGGUACACGUGGAGCACGUGCCGCUGGCCCGGCCGCACGUGGUGCACUAUGUGGAUGUGCACCUGCCGUGGUCGCACUCCCUCUGCGCCUGCUGCCUCUCCCGUAUGCUCCGCCCCGCCCCGCCCAUCACCUUCCGCAUCUCAAGCCUGGCCUCGCUGCGCAAGCACCUGCAGCAGCCCGUGGUGCCCACCAUGCCGCCCUUCCGCCUCGCCAACAAGCCCACGCCGCCCAUCCUCGCCUACUCCGCCACCGUCCCGCUCUCCGCCCCUCCUCGCCGUUUUCCAGGUAAUACCAGCGGCGCCUCUACUGGCGCAGCAGCGGCAUCGUUGGCGCAGCAGUAUCGAUGGAAGGCGGACGCGGCGCCUGUGGUUGCAGCAGAGGCCAUGAUGCUCGAAUGGCUGGCUGAGCCACGCGUCGGCCUGCUACUGGACUUCCACCGGUGCUGGACGCUCUACCGCAUGGCCGUGUCCAUUGCUGCGUUCCUCGUGCUUGUUGCCAGGUUCCCGCGCUUCGUCACUCUCUGGCGCGCGCACCUGCGCUUCCCUGAGAUGGCCUUUUCCGUAUUGGCGUUUCAGUUCGGAGCGGGGCAGCAGGUGCAGGGCGACUGCGUGGCGUCGCUGCUGCUGCAGGUGCUGGGAGUGAAGGGCAAACAGCAGCUGGAGACUAGCUUUGCUGCCCGCAUGCUGCCGCUGCUGCCGGGGGGGAGGGGCGCGCAUGGGGAGGCGGGAGGGGAAGGAGCGAGCCGGGGGGAGGGAAGAGAGGGGAAGGAGUGGAGGGAGGGGUUAGGAGGGGUUGAGUGGGAGGAGUAUGUGCGGCGCGUGGGGGAGAUUGCCGCCCAGGGAGGGCUGGCAGGCAAGCAGUACCGCUGCUGCUGCUCGCAGUGCUCCAAGGGCGAGAGCACAGAGGGAAGAGAAAAUGAAGGGGCCUUGGAAGCCGAAGCCGGCAAGCAGCGGUGGCAUGCUUCUCUCAUCUUCUCCGACUGUGCCGGCAGCCGCGACAAGGAGAGGGUAGAGGACGCUGCUGUGGAGGAGGCACGGAACCGGCUGGCUGCGGAGAAGGGGAGUGUGGAGGGAAGUGGAGUGCAGGAUAGAGGGAAGCGAGCAGUGGAUUCAGACGCACCAGCAUCAGCUCCUGCUGCUCCUGCUGGUGCUGGGUCUGGUGCUGCAGCCAGUGGGUCUGGUGCUGCAAGCGGCGCCGGCCUUGUCCCGGUGAACAGUAACGGGGUGGUGGCACUGUUCACGUUCGGCGCCGUGUCAAAGCCUGCAGGUGCGCCAGGCCUGGAAGGCUCGGCAACGACGGGCUGGAAGGAGUUUCCGGAGGGGGACAGGGCGGCAGUGGCGGCGAAUUUGAAAGAUCCUGGGGAGUUUAUUGGACUCAAGACCUUCCAGGUGGGGGCAUUUCAUGGCGGUGAGUUGGACAGCGAGGAGAUGAAGAAGGAGUACAACGCACUCUGCGCAACAACUCCAGCGGCCCCCUUCUUCCCCACACUGGGUCACCGCGUGGAGGAGUUUCUGAGAAGGUUCGCCCCUGCAAGGCUGGCAAGGGAGGGCAGGAAUGGUCCUCUGGCCCGGGCUAUCACCUCCUGGGCUAGCUGCAUGGACCUGAAGGAUCGAACCUGGACUCCUCUGGCUCUGGGGCCGUUCGCAGAGGGCAAGAUCAAGCCCAUCCUACGGUCCAGAACCGAGGUGGAGAUGAUUGUAGAGAUGAUCGCAGGCGUCCUUUACCCCGCGUCGGCCUGCGACCGCUGUCGGUACUGCAUCAGUGGGUACCAGGAUGCAGUCACUUUCUCCUCACUCGCCGCAAACUUCGCCUACCGCCCCUCGUCCGCGCUGCUGCAGUGCAUCCUCUCGCUCUUCCCGCCCCGAUCGGCGCGCUUCAGAAGCUUCUUGGAAUCCCUGCACGUGGCGCCCAUCCCUGCGGUGGUCCCAGACUCGCUUGUGGCGCCGCUGCUGGAAGGCGUGAUGGAGGAGCUUCGGGUGUUGUUUCUGUUUUGUGGCAUUAAGCUCAUUGUGGAGGAGAGGGGGGUAACGAGCAUUCUCCAGCCUGUCGGGCAGGACGGGGUAGGGCAGGAGGAGAGGUUGGGGCGGCAGGGAAGGUGGGAGGGGAUCGAGGAGUGGAGGAUGUGGGAGGAAGUGGACAGCUGGCGGCGGGCUGCUGUUAUGGCGUGGCCUGCUGUGGAGGGUCUUGGUGAGGCGGGGGUGGCUGGUGGUGAGGGGGAUGGGUUGGAGGAGUGCUGUGCGGCCAUGAAGCGCGUGCUACAGGAGGAGAAGGUCAUGGCGGAGGCACGUAGGCAAGCGGCUCAGGUGGAUGCUGUUGCUGCCAGUGCUGCUGCUGCUGCUGCUGCCUCUGAUCAGGGGCGCAGUGGCAAGGGAGGGCGGCGUGUGUGUUCGUGGGCACAGUGUGUCGGGGUGGAAGGGGCGGGGUUGCAGCUCAAGCUAUGUUCGCGGUGCGGCAAGGCUGCCUACUGCAGCAGGGAGUGCCAGAAGGCCCACUGGCCGUUGCACAAGAUCACUUGCCAGCCCAAGGCCAAGAAGAGGGAAGAGUCUUCAUAG